UAGAAGUAGCUCCAAGUUAUGAUUUCAAGUUUGACGUUUUAGUAAAAAAGGUAAAUUUAUGUAUUUUUGAAAACCAGUCUAUAUUAAAUGCUGUAAUCGAUUAUUGUAUGUGACGGAAGCAAACUCGAGUUUAUUGGUGUGACAACGAAAUGCGAUCAGAACUUACCGCAAUAAAUCGUGAUAAAAGAUAAAGGGAGGCGAUAACAGGUGCUGAUCCAAUGCCAUACAUUUUAGUGCGCGGAAAUUUAGCAGCGUACGGCCAGAGGUAUCCUUGGAGAGUGUUAGUGUCAGGUCUAAAGGCGGCAGACAUAGAACAGUUGAACAGAUUUGCAUCAGGGGGCUACUGUGACGAUUCCACAAUUGUAUAUAUGCAACAUCCCUGUGUAAUUCUAACGGCUCUGGAAGUUCUAGGCUAUAAAGUUGUUGCAUCUUCAUCUACCAGCGUCAAGCAGGAUUAUAAUGAAUACAUGUGGACUAUGAGAAAGGAGUUCACAGAACCUGAACCCAUUGUGGUGUCACCAACCAAAGCUUUGGAGAAGCUACAUUUGGAAAAAAGCCAAACAUAACAUGGAAAUUCCAGCAAGCCUGCUAAUGUCAUCAGGAACUUAUGGCUAUGUAGCAGUUAAAGCCUCCAUACAUGCAUCUGAUAGUGCUGUGUUUGGAUUGAAUGAUGAUGAGAUCAAAGCAAUGGUCAAACGAUUUUCAGAUUAU